CUUUAAAAUGAACACUGACCUUUGACUCCGUGUUUAUUUACCUAGUGAAGCUGCUGAAUCCAGCUGAACCUGCUUUCCCCCCCCCCCCCCCAACAGCUUGAAGAUGCUGUUCUCCUAAGUUUAGAACAAAGGUGGACGACUAGAGAAGGUGAUAGAGCAGGAAGCUUUAGGAUCAGCCUUAUGCUGUGUUUAAUGCUGACCUCCCCGGUGUUGGAAGACCUUUGGAGCUUGGUUCUGCAGAGGCCCAAUGGACUCCUCAUACGUGCGCCUCUCUCUCUCCCUCCAGCUGGGCGCCCGAGGCCACGUCACAGCCUGCAUGCAUGUUGCUGGGUCAACAGGUUUGCACACAGACAGGGAAAACAAGGCAUGAUCGAUCUGUGUGUGUCACAAGGUCGAUGUAAACGCUUUCACAAACGUCGUCAACGUGACUCUCCCCGUUUCCAUACACAACUUUCUCCCAAUGUUAUCAGUUUCUAUUUUAUUUAUUUUUUGUCCUGUAUUAGGCUGAAUGCCAUAAUGUGAUGGAAAGUUUUGCUCUUUCAAGAUUAUAGAAAUAAUAUAUACUGCUGUAGAUUAAUGGUUUAUGUUUGUUUUAUUAGUCCUUUCUAAAUAUUUGGGAUGUGGUGGAGUUGGUGGACAGGUUGAGUCAUUUUCUAUGAUGACGCAAAUACGAACGAGCAGCGGCCGAACAGUGUUUUCUAGUUGUUCUGACUUACUGUGUAACUCAAGAUAAGAGGCGCGUAGUAGCUGCUGCGAAGCGUGGAGCGCUCGGGUCUGACCUCACGGUGGGGGAUGUAUUUUUAGAGAUAAAAAUAUAAAAUGGGCAAACAACUCGUGUUUGUAAUGGCAAGGAAUAAAAACAUGGAGAUCCGCGCGGUUCGUAACGUCACGGUGGGAUCUGGGCCUCGGCUUCUCGUGGUCCCGAAGACGGGUAUGAGUUCGGGUUGGGGCGCUGGAUGCUUUGCAUGAACUCUCUCUCUUAAUGUAAGCGUUGCUUCUCCGUUCAUUCACAAAGACACCAGUCUGCGCUGGCUGAAUCGUCGAGGCGCUGGUGUCGUUGUUCCACCGAGCUGCGUGAUUGGUCCGCGGGCAGUGAUGUCAGCACCCACUUUGAAGUCCCGCUCGGCGCAGCGUCUCGGGCGGACCGAGCUCGGGACAGACGCGCCAGAUGGAGUUGGGGCGCGCGCGGACUAGAGCUGCGGCUGCUGCGGCGGCGACACACACGCGCGGCUGCUCCGCGGCGCCUUGAUGAGCCCGACCUGUCCGCGCGCACAGCGCAGCAGCGCGUCAUGGGGGACGGCGGCGCGUCGCCGCCGCCGGUCAACUUCCACAACGGCACCGGGAGCGAGGCGGCGGACGCGGCCGCGUCGGAGCAGUGGAUGGCCGGCAUGAGCCUGGUGAUGGGUCUGAUCGUGCUGUCCAUCGUGUUCGGGAACAUCCUGGUCAUCGUGGCCAUCGCGCGGACGCAGCGGCUGCAGACGCUCACCAACGUCUUCAUCGUGUCGCUGGCGAGCGCCGACCUCAUCAUGGGGCUGCUCGUGGUGCCGUUCGGCGCCGCGCUCGAGGUGCGCGGCUCGUGGCUCUACGGCUCCUUCUUCUGCGAGUUCUGGAUCUCCGUGGACGUGCUGUGCGUCACCGCCAGCAUCGAAACCCUGUGCGUUAUCGCCAUAGACCGGUACGUGGCCAUCACGUCGCCCUUCCGCUACCAGAGCCUGCUGACCAAGGCGCGCGCCAAAGCCGUGGUGUGCACGGUGUGGGCCAUCUCCGCGCUGGUCUCCUUCCUGCCCAUCCUCAUGCACUGGUCCCGGGACAGCGUGGACACGGCCUGCUACGACGACCCCCAGUGCUGCGACUUCGUCACGAACCGCGCGUACGCCAUCUCCUCCUCCAUCAUCUCGUUCUACAUUCCUCUGCUGGUCAUGCUCUUCGUUUACGCGCGCGUGUACCGGGAGGCGCAGAAGCAGGUGCGCAAGAUCGACAAGUGCGAGGGCCGCUUCCACAGCUCUUUAACCGGCCUGACCUCCAAGUGCAAGAGGAGGCCGACGAAGAUGCUGGCGCUGCGCGAGCAGAAGGCGCUCAAGACGCUGGGCAUCAUCAUGGGGACGUUCACCCUGUGCUGGCUGCCGUUCUUCAUCGUCAACGUGGUGCGGGUGUUUUGCGCGGAGGUCGUGGACAAGAACCUGUUCGUGUUCCUGAACUGGCUGGGCUACGUGAACUCCGCCUUCAACCCCAUCAUCUACUGCCGCAGCCCGGACUUCAGGAAGGCGUUCAAGCGGCUGCUGUGCUGCCCGAGGCAGGCCGACCGCCGGCUGCACGUGAGCUCCUGCGACCUGUCGCGGUGCUCGGGCGGCUUCGCGUCGUCCCUGGAGCCGCGCGCGCUGGCCACGUGGACGGACUGCGGCGGCUUUGACCACAGUGACAGCAGCCUGGUCGGCACCGCGAAGCUCUCCCACUCGGAGUCCCAGCUGUGACGCGGACGGAUUACAACCGCCCGGAGACGCCUUUUUGGAGAGGUUGCGCGCGCGAGCCGGAGCUCCGAGCCUGACUUAUUGGCACGAGACAAACCAGAAACCACCAGAAAUGUAUUGUUUGGGGGGAGAUGGAGAUGUUGUUUGAAAGUUGAGUCCCUAUACGAGUUUUAGUGCCCUUUAAAUGAAUGUCUAGCCCUUUUACGCACGUCACCACAAAACAGGAUUCAGUAACGUGAGUGCGCACGAACGCUCCAUGCUCCUGGGGUUUCCUUUUCUUUUUUCUUUUACCGAUCAGCAUUUCAUCGUUAAAUUAUAGACCGCAAACUAUUAAAGGGAGGAGGGUUUCCUAUAAAUUAAUCCAGCGUUCGCAAUGGGCCACCGGUUCUUUAAUGAUCGCUCAGGCGCACAAUGAAAUAAAGCGAUGGACAGGAGGAGCGAAGCAUUCGUCCGAGUGAUUGUACUGUAGUUGUGUAGUACUCACUGUGUUUUACCUCACACCUCGGGCAAGUGCAAACUGUACGGCGGGUAUUUGUUUAUAUUAAACAUUUAUGUAAAUAGACGUGUAUUUAAUUAAUCCGCGCUGUCUUUUACAACCGAGCGAGUCAACGUGGGUCAGAUUCCCACGGCCUCUGUAAAUACGCAGUAACGUGUUUUAGUACUGAAGGAGUCUCUGUGUUUCUCUCUAAGCUCAUUACGGUGUUGUGAGGUGGUGUACUGACUCUGUGAAAUAAAGAGAAGUUGAAUAGUUUA